AUGUUGUCAGCACGCCGAAUUGUGCAAAAGCCCUUGGCUCGUGGGUUGGCCUCGGUGUCGAACUUGACUAGAGACUCCAAAGUGCACCAAAACUUGCUAGAAGACCACUCUUUCAUCAACUACAAACAGAAUGUGGAGACACUAGACAUUGUGAAGAGCAGGCUCAACAGACCCCUAACUUAUGCGGAAAAGAUCUUGUACGGCCAUUUGGACAACCCUCACGGCCAGGACAUCGAGCGUGGUGUCAGCUACCUAAAGCUACGGCCAGACCGUGUGGCGUGCCAGGACGCCACGGCUCAGAUGGCCAUUCUGCAGUUCAUGUCUGCAGGCCUUCCACAGGUUGCCAAGCCUGUCACGGUGCACUGUGACCAUUUGAUCCAGGCACAACUAGGUGGAGAAAAGGACUUGAAGAGAGCCAUUGACCUCAACAAGGAGGUUUUCGACUUUUUGGCCACUGCCACCGCCAAGUACAACAUGGGUUUCUGGAAGCCAGGCUCCGGUAUCAUCCACCAAAUUGUACUUGAAAACUACGCUUUCCCAGGUGCCUUGAUCAUCGGUACCGAUUCCCACACGCCUAAUGCUGGUGGCCUAGGUCAACUGGCCAUCGGUGUCGGUGGUGCUGACGCCGUGGACGUGAUGUCCGACCUCCCAUGGGAGUUGAAGGCCCCUAAGAUUCUCGGUGUCAAAUUGACCGGCAGAAUGAGCGGCUGGACUUCUCCUAAGGAUAUUAUUCUAAAACUAGCCGGUAUCACUACAGUCAAGGGUGGAACCGGUAAGAUCGUCGAAUACUUUGGUGACGGUAUCAACACCUUCUCCGCCACCGGUAUGGGUACCAUCUGUAACAUGGGUGCUGAAAUUGGUGCCACAACCUCCGUUUUCCCAUACAACAACUCCAUGGUGGACUACUUGAAGGCCACCAAGCGUGGUCAAAUCGCCGAUUUCGCCGACUUGUACCACAAGGACUUGUUGUCGGCUGACAAAGGUGCCGAAUACGACGAAGUGAUCGAAAUCAACUUGAGCGAAUUGGAACCUUACAUCAACGGUCCUUUCACCCCAGAUUUGGCCACUCCAAUCUCUGCCAUGAAAGAGGUUGCCCCUAGAAACAACUGGCCUUUGGACGUUAGAGUCGGUUUGAUCGGGUCUUGCACCAACUCUUCUUACGAAGACAUGACCCGUGCUGCCUCUAUUGCCAAAGACGCUGCUGCUCACGGUUUGAAGGCCAAGUCUUUGUUCACCAUCAGUCCUGGUUCCGAGCAAGUCAGAGCAACCAUUGCCCGUGACGGUCAAUUGAAGGCUUUCCAAGACUUUGGUGGUGUCGUCAUGGCCAACGCUUGUGGUCCAUGUAUCGGUCAAUGGGAUCGUCAAGACAUCAAGAAGGGUGACAAGAACACUAUCGUUUCCUCUUUCAACAGAAACUUCACUUCCAGAAAUGACGGUAACCCUGAGACUCACUCUUUCGUCGCUUCUCCAGAGAUCACGAUCGCCUUGGCCAUUGCAGGUGACUUGAGAUUCAACCCACUUACCGACAAGUUGAAGGACAAGGACGGUAACGAGUUCAUGUUGAAGCCACCAACCGGCGUGGGUUUGCCACCAAAGGGCUACGAUGCUGGUGAAAACACAUACCAAGCCCCACCCGCUGUGCGCUCGGAGGUCGAAGUUAAGGUUUCUCCAACAUCUGACCGUUUGCAACUAUUGGAACCAUUCGACUCUUGGAACGGCAAGGAUCCAAAGGACCUACCAAUUCUAAUCAAGGCUUUGGGUAAGACCACCACUGACCAUAUCUCUAUGGCUGGUCCAUGGUUGAAGUACCGUGGUCACUUGGAGAACAUUUCCAACAACUACAUGAUCGGUGCCAUCAACGCUGAGAACAAGAAGGCCAACUGUGUCAAGAACUUCUACACUGGUGAAUACGCCGGUGUUCCUGACACCGCCAGAGCCUACAAGAAACAAGGCCAAAAGUGGGUUGUUGUUGGUGGUGAAAACUUUGGUGAAGGUUCCUCUCGUGAGCACGCUGCCCUAGAACCAAGAUACCUAGGUGCUUAUGCUAUCAUCACCAAGUCCUUUGCUCGUAUUCACGAGACCAACUUGAAGAAACAAGGUUUGUUGCCAUUGACUUUUGCCCAACCAGAGGCCUACGACAGAAUCAACCCAGAUGACCUAAUCGAUCUUGUCGGUGUUACUGACUUGGCUCCAGGUAAGCCUAUCACCAUGAGAAUGAAGACCAAGUCUGGCGAAACCUGGGAGACUCCUUUGAACCACACAUUCAACAAAGAACAAAUCGAAUGGUUCAAGGCCGGUUCCGCUCUAAACAAGAUGGCUGCUGCCAAGAACUAA